AUGCGAUUGGGUAUUGCUGCCUUGCCGGCUAUAGCGCUCGGCAAGCUCAAACCAACAGAUGUCUUCACAGUUCAACCAGAAAACGUCGAGGUCGUCCGUGGAAGCACCGUGACUCUAGAAUGCGCGAUCGACCCUUCCGUCACCUCCAAAUACACAUCCGACCCUGCUGAGGAGCUCAUCCAAUGGGCAAAGGGUAAAUUGGGGCUUGGAUUUCCUCCCCUUAGGCGAGAGCGGUACAGUCAGCAAGUCGGGCCGAAUAGCUACAGUUUGACGAUCGAAGAUGUCCAGGCAGAGGAUGAAGAUGACUUUGAGUGUCAGUUCACUAGCGAAGGUAUUCGAAGCAAGAAUGCUCGAUUGACGACAAUCAUCGCUCCAGAAGAGCUCCAAAUCACUUCAAACGCGGCUAGUCUGAUAGACAGUCUCCCCGCCGAGCCCGAAACAACCGUGACUGUCAUCGAAGGAGUCGAAGCCGUCAUCGAUUGCGUGAGCAUCAAGGCGAAACCAAGCGCUCUUCCAAAAUGGACGAGCUCUUUCAAAGAUGCGGAAUUCCGCGGACCAUGGGAAGUGUACGAUUCCGACUCGAAAACUACUAAUGCGACUCGUCAAUUGCGCUUCAUCCCUUCUCUGGAACACGACGGAAUGCCUGUACAAUGCUCGGUAGAACAUCCAGCGCUAGAAGAACAGCUUACCGUCGAGAAGACCCUGAAGGUUUACUAUCCUCCAAAAACGUCCAUCAAACUACCAUCAACCCCAAUCCUGGCCGGCUCUGAAAUAGAAGUUGAAUGCGAACUGGAAGGAGCGAACCCGCCCGCACGCGAAUUCCGCUGGAUGAUCGAUGGCGAGAUUCUUGAGAACGAAACGCAAAAUGUCCUCAAAUUGGAGGUUGCCGCCGCCCAUCACCUUCAGCAAAUUUCGUGUGAAGCCUUUAACGGAGUACAGAAUGCGCAGCAACCGAGUGCUGGACAGAUUGAAGUUCUUUUUGAACCCGAAUUGGUGGAGAAAUCCAAACGAGUCGGCGUCGAUCCAGAAGAUACAGAAGUCGAGCUUUUUUGUGAGUUUUCUGGAAAUCCAGCGCCGAAAAUUGAUUGGUUUUUGGAAGACAAGUAUCUCGGCAGCGGAAAAUCACUCAUUCUCGAUGCUCGAACAACCCCAGUUUCAGCCGGUUCUUACAGUUGUAUCGCCUCAAACGAUCUUGGCAAGGCCUCAUCAGAAAUCCUCGUUGUGGUCAAAGGUCCACCGACGAUUAUUUCCUCGAAUCAGCAGUCGACGAAUCUGGAAUGCGCAUUUAUGUCCGAACCAGCCCCAAGCCUGAUCGAAAUCAGAAACUUGGAAACGGACGAAAUCGUCAAAAUCGACGAAGAAAUUCAGUUCUACAAUUUGGAAGUCGUCAACGUCCAAAACUUGCCGCUUGGCUUGUACGAAUGCAAAGUCGAGAACGAAUUCGGAUCGACGAGCGCUAGAAUCUCACUCUAUGGAAAUGGAUUGGGCGCCAGCGCCAAGCUUGGAAUAAUUGUUGGUGUUUUGGUCGUGGCGAUCGCGAUGGUGCUAUUUUCGCUUAUUAAAAUGAAGGUGAUCAGCAAUACCAGAAGAUUCAAGCUCAAUCAGGUUCCGGAAAACGACUCAACUGGAGAUCUCGAAUCGAACCGCCGCUCCAUCGUUAUUUCGAAGCCGUUUUUGCAGAAGCACCAGUCGAACCCGCUGCAUGUGUUGGAUUCGCAAUUGGACGCGAUUCUCGACAACCACGUUGAAGUGCGCUACUCCGACAUCAACCCUUCCGACUCCGGUUCGACCCACCGAUCCGCCGCCGACGACGGCUACGCCACCGAGUCCGGCAGCAACAACAAGAUCGCCGCCAGCAUCGGCUCCAACUUCACCAAUUACGAGUUCGAGCAGAAUUCGAAUCCGCAGAGCUCGCAGACGAAGUUAAAGGUCAUCUGGGACGAUUCGCUGCCGCACGAUUACGAGACGAAAGGACUCUUUGUCAGUAAUUACAGAAAACAGAGGUCGAUUUCUCAAGUUUGA